CCGGCUUCCUGCCCUCCCAUGACAGCUGCCUGGCUGCGCCAUGGCGGAAGCCGGGGAGAAGGAAACCAGGUCUUAUGAGGAAUCAACAGAUGAAUCUGAGGAAGAUGAGAGUGAAGAAGAACCUAAGCUCAAGUAUGAACGGCUUUCUAAUGGAGUGACAGAAAUUCUCCAGAAGGAUGCAGCCAGCUGCAUGACAGUGCAUGAGAAGUUUUUGGCACUGGGAACACAUUAUGGCAAAGUUUAUUUACUUGAUGUCCAGGGGAACAUCACACAGAAGUUUGAUGUUAGCCCAGUGAAGAUAAAUCAGAUCAGCCUGGAUGAAAGUGGAGAGCACAUGGGUGUUUGCUCAGAAGAUGGGAAGGUACAAGUGUUUGGAUUAUAUUCAGCAGAAGAGUUUCAUGAAACAUUUGACUGUCCUAUUAAAAUUGUUGCUGUUCAUCCUCAAUUUGUAAGAUCCCACUUCAAGCAGUUUGUAACAGGAGGAAAAAAGUUGCUGUUAUAUGAAAGAGGUUGGAUGAAUAGAUGGAAGCCUUCAGUUUUACAUGAAGGGGAAGGAAAUAUAAGAAAUAUAAAAUGGAGAGGGCACUUAAUUGCUUGGGCUAAUAAUAUGGGUGUGAAGAUACUUGACAUGAUCUCCAAGCAAAGAAUUACCAACGUGCCUCGAGAUGACAUAAGCCUUCGCCCAGAUAUGUAUCCCUGCAGCCUUUGCUGGAAGGAUAAUUUAACGCUGAUUAUUGGCUGGGGAAAUUCAGUAAAGAUUUGCUCAGUAAAAGAACGGCAUGCCAGUGAAAUGCGUGACCUUCCAAACCGCUACGUGGAAAUAGUUUUCCAAUUUGACACUGAAUUCUACGUCAGUGGACUUGCACCUCUCUGUGACCAGCUUGUUAUACUUUCAUAUGUAAAGGAGAUCUCCGAAAAAACGGAAGUGGAGUGUUGUGCAAGGCCUAGACUUGAUAUUGUACAACCCCUGCCUGAGUCCUGUGAAGAGAUCUCUUCUGAUGCACUAACAGUACGAGGAUUUCAGGAAAAUGAAUGCCGUGAUUAUCAUUUAGAGUACUCGGAAGGUGAAUCGCUUUUUUAUAUCAUCAGCCCAAGAGAUGUGGUUGUGGCCAAAGAGCGGGACCAGGAUGAUCACAUUGACUGGCUUCUUGAAAAGAAGAAAUACGAAGAAGCUUUGAUGGCAGCUGAGAUCAGUCAAAAAACCAUAAAAAAGCACAAGAUUUUGGACAUUGGCUUAGCCUAUAUAAAUCACCUGAUGGAGAAAGGAGAGUACGACCUGGCUGCUCGAAAAUGCCAGAAAAUCCUUGGCAAAAACACAGAACUCUGGGAAUUUGAAGUUUACAAGUUUAAAGAAAUAGGUCAGCUUAAAGCAAUUAGUCGUUACUUGCCAAGACGAGAUCCAGUUUUGAAACCUCUGAUCUAUGAAAUGGUCCUGCAUGAAUUUUUGGAAAGUGACUAUGAGGGGUUUGCAACGCUAAUAAAAGAAUGGCCUGGAGAUCUGUACAACAACACAAUCAUAGUUCAAGCUGUAGUGGAUCACCUGAAGAAAGAUCCGCAGAACAGGACUUUGCUACGAACACUUGCAGAAUUGUACACUUACGAUCAGCGCUAUGGCAGAGCCCUAGAAAUCUACCUAACUCUGAGGCACAAAGAUGUCUUCCAGUUGAUCCACAAGCACAAUCUCUUCAGUUCUAUUAGAGACAAAAUUGUUCUGCUCAUGGAUUUCGAUUCAGAGAAAGCAGUAGACAUGCUCUUGGAUAAUGAAGAUAAAAUUUCUAUUGACAGAGUUGUUGAAGAGUUAGAAAACAGGCCUGAGUUACAGCAUGUGUAUUUACACAAGCUUUUCAAAAGAGACCACCAUAAAGGCCAACGAUAUCAUGAGAAACAGAUCAGUCUUUAUGCUGAAUAUGAUCGACCAAACUUACUUCCAUUUCUCAGAGACAGCACACACUGCCCACUGGAGAAGGCUCUUGAGAUCUGCCAGCAGAGGAACUUUGUAGAGGAGACAGUCUAUCUUCUGAGCAGAAUGGGUAAUAGCCGCAGUGCCUUGAAGAUGAUAAUGGAAGAAUUGCAAGAUGUAGAUAAAGCUAUUGAAUUUGCCAAGGAACAAGAUGAUGGAGAACUUUGGGAAGAUCUCAUUUUAUAUUCUAUUGACAAACCACCUUUUAUUACUGGUUUGCUGAACAAUAUUGGAACCCAUGUUGAUCCUAUUCUUUUGAUCCAUCGCAUUAAGGAAGGCAUGGAGAUUCCUAAUUUGAGAGACUCACUAGUGAAAAUUCUUCAGGACUACAACUUGCAGAUCUUGCUGCGGGAAGGAUGCAAAAAGAUACUCGUUGCUGAUUCUCUUUCUUUAUUGAAGAAAAUGCAUCGAACUCAGAUGAAGGGUGUUCUAGUGGAUGAGGAGAAUAUCUGUGAAUCAUGUCUGUCUCCAAUACUUCCUUCAGAUGCAUCCAAGUCCUUCAGUGUGGUAGUGUUCCACUGCAGACACAUGUUUCACAGGGAGUGCCUGCCUGUAUCUAACACGGUAUCUUCUGUCCAGUUCUGCAAUAUAUGCAGUGCCAAACACAGGGGGCCAGGAAGUGCAGUCCUGGAGAUGAAGAAAUAGCAGUGGCCUAGUUCUCCAUGUCAGUCAGCGACACCAAAUCUGUUAGGACCAUAAGAGCCACUGUAAUUUUCCAUUUCUGUAUAUAAUUUUGAUUGUGAUUCAAAAGUGGUUCCUGUAGUUUAUCCUGUUUAUUGAAUAUUUUGGGUAAUGAAAAAAUGUGAAAAUCUUUGUCUGGUAAGUCUUUGUUAUGCAAUUCAUAUGUCAUGGUUCCUUUGCUCAGCUUGUUACUUCAUUCUGGAACAGAAAAAAAAAAAUAAAAUGUGAAACAAAAAACCCAUGCGAUUUA